UUAGUCUGCAAACAUGUCGAUGUGGCUGUCGGAUAACCAGAAGAUCGGGGUGGUCUUCUGCUCAGGCGGUGGUCUCUUCCUCGUCGGAGGAGUGAUGCUCUUUUUUGAUCGCGCCAUGCUUGCGAUGGGAAAUAUCCUUUUCCUCAUCGGCCUGACAAUCAUCAUCGGUCCUCAAAAGACGUUUCUCUUCUUUGCCCGAAAACAAAAAGCAAAAGGCACAGCAGCAUUUUUUGCGGGCCUCACGCUGAUAUUGAUAAAAUGGACCUUUAUCGGCUUCAUAGUAGAAGCCUACGGCAUAGCCGUAUUAUUCGGGGACUUUUUGGGGACGAUUGCUGGAUUCGCUCGAGGUCUGCCGGUAAUCGGACCAUAUAUCGGCAUGCUGGUAGAUCGGAUGGGUCUGGGGCGCCGCAACGCUGAGCUGCCCGUCUAAGUCCACUUGCGCUCCUGUUUGCGCUACGAUUGCCGCCAUUGUGCCAUUUACUUGGCCAACUGUUGAAACUACUGGAGGAUCCAUGAAAGAGACAAAGGGCGAUGGCAAAAGAAACCCAAAGGGGUUGGUAAUAUCUUGGCUCGCGUGAGCUGCGGCAUUGGUGUUUUGGCGUUGGCGUUGAAACUGAACUGCGGCCUUUAUGGAACCCGGAUGGUGUAAAAGUAACUGCUGGAUUGUGUAGAAUAGUUACCAUACUAUGUAUCGGCCUAGGCUUGAGUGGAAUAUCUAUAAAAAGAGCAACUGGGUCACAUCUACCAGAUAGGUAGCCAUGUAAUUAAACAUCACCCAGAAAUAGCCGAGCGAAAGUUUCAUGUGAGAACGCAACAGUUUGAAAAUGAGACUUGAAAAUA